CCUUGGCACUCAGCACGUUGUUACCUGCAAGAUUCAACCACUGAAGCGUCCGCAUAUUAUUGGUUGCCAUCGAAGCUGUCGCGCUGGGCGCGCCUGCUGGCCGCAAAGUAAGCCGCAGUAGCUGCAUUUCUUGCCGCUCAACGCUGCAGCAGCAGGAGUGGUGACACGCCUCUCCAAGCCACCGCUCCCCUCACCUCUCCCGCUGCAACACACGCCGCACCAUGUCCUCGGCCCUGGAUGAGCUGCGCUUCUACGGCACCCUGGCCGCCACGCUGCUGGGCCCGCGCUACGACCUGGGCCGCGUGCCGGGGCCGCCCGGGCACCCGCUGCUGGGCAACAUCACCGCAGUCAUGAGGCCCGACUACCACGUGCAGAUGCUGGAGUGGGCCAACACCUACGGCGGCAUCUUCAAGUUCAGCCUGGGCUUCCAGCCGGUGGUGGUGGUGUCCGACCCGGCGGUGGCGGUGCAGGUGCUGGGCCGCGCGCCGGGCCGAGCCAUCCCGCGCAAGUGCGUCGGCUACAAGUUCUUUGACCUGGCCACCAACGCCUCCGGCGCCCACAGCUUCUUCACCACCAGUGACGAGGGCCAGUGGGCGGCGGUGCGCAAGGCGGCGGCGGCGGCGUUCAGCUCAGCCAACGUCAAGAAGGCGUUCCCCAUCGCGCUGCGUCACUUGCUGCUGGUGGCGGAGUCCCUGGACCCAGCCGGCCCCCACACGCCCGGCAACCCCUACCUCGACCUCACACACCACUCCCAACAACAGCACCAACAACACCAACGGCACCCGCAAAUGCAGAAGGGUGACGGUGCCGCCGCCGCACGCAUGAGUGGCGGCGACGGCAGCGAAGCGGCGCCUGCAGGCAAGGGCGACAGCAGCAGUGGCGCUGCUAGCAGCAGGUGGCUGUGGCGGACGCCCGACCUCAACUGGAUGCGGAGCGGCCUCAGCCUCGGGUUCCGCCGGCGCAGCCGCAGCCGCCCCGGCAACAGCACCGCCGCCGCCAAGCCUGCUUCUACGCCGCCAGGGAGCGCUACUACUUCCACUGGUGCUACAGCCAACGCCACACAUGCGGCAGACGCAGCUCCCAGUGCCAGCAGCAGCUUUGUGGACCUGGGCAGCAGCUGCGUAGGUGCUGACAGCAGUGCGAGCCUCGCCUCUCGGUCGUCCUCGCCCUCGGCCACCGCGUCUGCGCCCUGCUCCUGCGGCCGCUGCGGCGCAAACAGCCCGCGCCGCGCCGUCGCCGCCGCCACUGCCACUGCCGACACUAAGGGUGGCGGCGCAGAGCGGACGGCCGCGGCGCCGGCGGGGCCGGCGGAGGCGGAGGAGCUUGCGGCGGGCGGCGUGGGAGCGGGCGCGCCGGGCGCUGCCGCUGGCGGGCGCUCCAUCCACAGCCACCCCUUUGACUGCGGCACCGACGAAACGAGCAGUGUAGACGAGACGCCUCCGCACGCCACGGCUGCACCCGCCGCCGCCACCUGCACCGCCCCAGCCGGCGCUGGCAGCGGCAGCGGCAGCGCCACGGAUGCCGGCACCAGCGCUAGCGGCACCAUCGACGCGGAAAGUAGCACCGGCGCCGGCACUAGCGGCAACCCUAGCGGCGGCGGCACAGGCGGCGGCCCUGCUGCUGUGGUGGACAUCCAGGAACACUUGGAGCUGAGCCUGCUGCAUGUGUUUGUGGAGGCACUGUUCGGAGUGACGCCGGAGGACUUCCCGGGCCGCCAGGUGGCUGCCGACAUGAACCUGGUGCUGGAGGAGGCCAACAGCCGCCUCAAGGUGCCGCUCAGCGGGCUGGCAAGAGCCGUCACACAGCCGGUGGCCCAGGCCCGCAUCCGCGCCGCCCAGGUGCGGCUGGCUGCGGUGUACGGCAGCCUGUACGACGUCAUCCGGGCCCGUGGGCCGCAGCCCGAGGCCGUGACAGACCUGUGGGCGUGCCUGGGCCGCGUGCGACACCCCAGGACAGGCGAGCUGCUGGGGCGGCAGGGCCUGGUGCCGGAGAUCGGCGCGCUCAUGAUGGCUGGCUUCGACACCAGCAGCCACAGUGUGGCCUGGGCGCUGUUCGCGCUGGCCGCCAACCCCGAGGCGCAGCAGCGCGUGCGGCAGGAGCUGGACGGCAGGGGGCUGCUGCGGAGGCCGGGCACUGCCGCGCCUCCUCGCCUGCCUGUGCUGGACGACCUGCCGCAGCUGCCCUACCUCAACGCCUGCAUUGACGAGGCCAUGCGCAUGUACCCCGUGGCCGCAACCGCCUCCGUGCGGGAGGUGACGGAGCCGACGCGUGUGGGUGACUUCGUCAUCCCACCCGGCGUCAUUGUGUGGCCCAUGCUGUAUGCGCUGCACAACAGCGUGCACAACUGGGACCAGCCAGACGUCUUCAAGCCCGAGCGAUGGCUGCAGAGCAACGCCGGCGGCAGCAGCAGUGACAGCGGUGGCAGCAGCAGCAAGGGCGGCAACGAGGAAGCGGGGGUGGCCGGUGCCGGUGGCGGUGGCGCGGGAGGCGCUCGUUCGGCCGCGGCUAACGACGAGGGCAGCGGCGGCGCUGCGGGUGGCUUGGGCGGUGGCGGCAGUGGCGCCAGCAGCAGGAGCGGCUCCUCCGCCGCCCUGGGUGCGGCGGCGGCGGCGGCGGCAGACGGCGGCGGAGGCAAGGGCGGCGGCGGCGGCAAGCGCUACAUGCCGUUCAGUGACGGCAUGAAGAGCUGCCUGGGGCAGGCUCUGGGGCUUAUGGAGGUGCGCACCGCACUGGUGGUGCUGCUGGGCAGGUACGCGUUCGCUCUGGACCCGGGCCACGGCGGCGAGGCGGCGGUGCGGCGCAGCAUGAUCAUGUCGCUCACACUCAAGAUACGCGGCGGCCUGCGCCUGGUGGCUACGCCCCUGGGCUGACGUGCCGGCGUGGAGGAGGCGGGAGGCAGCAGGUGGAGAAGGAGCUAGGGGUGAUGGGGCAAUGGGAAAGGACGGGAGCUGCAGAGCGACUUGAUGAAGGGGGGGAUGCAGCCAUGCAGGUGGGAGCAAGGGGGGUGCAUGGGGUGCCGCCGUUGGCGGCCCAGGUCGCAGGACGCAGAGAUAGGGUGGCUGCGAUGCUCGUUUAGUUCCGGGGAUGGAGCCAGUGAUGAGUGCAGACUCGGCAGGUGAGCGUGGCUGGAGCCGAGAGUGUUGGUUGCAUUUGUGAUGUUGUGUUGGGGGCACACACAUGGCUUGAGAGGUCCGGACCGCAUGGAACGUGUAUGGGUACAUGCCGUAUCACGGCCUAGGCGCGGUUUGGUCGGCUGUGUGUUUCUGUGAUAGCGGUGGGCACCGACGUUGUUGGGAGGGCCGUCGUGGAGUGUUCGCAAACACCAGAGAGGAGGCAAGCGUUCGAGCGUGGGUGCCGGUGUGGGUUGCGGAGCGAGGCUCUGAGGUUACGCGUUCGGCCCUGGGGUGGGCGCGGCACGCACAUGGCGGCAGUGCGCCACGGCUGCGCAUGCGGCGUGGGCAACUGCAGGGCCCAACCUCAAUUUUAGACUGCCAUGGUUCGACAGGGAGUCGAGGGAGUGGUUUACAGCAGCAGAGGUGUACGUAGCAGUUGCGGUAGCUAGGACUUGCAGUGUGUGCAGUAGUUGCAGUGCUUUGUUGGGGGCGGCUGUGAGGAAGAACCCAUGAACAAACCAGGCGUGACUGCUGCAUCCAUCAGCAGGCGCGGCGUUGUGUGUGAUACCGGUGUAAGCUUGCAUACCACCCCUGUUGUUGUAUACGGAAUGGCGAAACGAAAGAAACCCUAAGAAACCUGAUGCUGGAAACGAUCAGCAGACCGCCAUGACGCUGCGCUCACAAAGACUCGGCAGCGACAGGCUGACAUGGGAGGGGUGGUCGUGGUCAUGGCUGAAGCACUGGAAGGAGGGCAAGAGGUAGGCACGACGGGGCGGGGGCUGCGAGGCUAGCGAAGACUGUAAUUGGGUUACGCU